AUUGGCCUUCAAAUUCGCAUACAUAAGCCCAUAGGCCAUAACAGAGCCAAAAAAAUUGCGCGCUUCUCCCCGACUUCGUAAAGGUUCUCUAGAUUCUAGAAGCAGCGUGGACCAGUUGCAGCGUAUUAGCGUAAACCUGACGUCGCCAUCGGGAAUCGUCGGAGAAGCUGCGAAAACAGUCCGGGUCCGAAGGGCGACGGAGCUUCAGCGAUCGGGAGCUCAUUCUCCGGUAGUCCUCGACUUCCACUACUCGGCUUCAGCUACGCGGAGACUUUCAAUGGCGGACGACAGGCUGCGGUGCCAGCGAAUUGGCUGCGACGCCACCUUCACCGAAGAGGACAAUCCCGAAGGCUCGUGUCAGUAUCAUGACUCGCCCAUGUUUCAUGAUGGAAUGAAAGAGUGGAGUUGUUGCAAAAAGAAAAGCCAUGAUUUCAGCUUAUUCUUGGAAAUUCCAGGAUGUAAGACAGGUAAACACACUACCGAGAAGCCAGUUUUGGCAAAGGUGAAUUCAACUCCAAAGGCCCCUGUCUCUAAACCCUCUGUGCCUUCUGCGACAAGUGCACCCUCCAGAGAAGUUUGUCCUAGGUGCAAGCAGGGUUUCUUUUGCUCUGAUCAUGGUUCACAACCUAAAGAAGAUGCUGCACCAGCUAAAAGUACUGCAGAGACUCAAGUUUCCGCUCCUCCAGCUAAGAAGAAAAUCAACAUCAACGAGCCCCAAACUUGCAGAAACUCCGGGUGCGGUCAAACUUUCAAGGAAAUAAACAACCAUGAUACUGCCUGUACCUACCAUCCAGGGCCUGCUGUUUUUCAUGACAGGAUAAGAGGGUGGAAGUGUUGUGAUAUCCACGUGAAGGAGUUCGAUGAAUUCAUGAGCAUUCCUCCCUGCACCAAAGGAUGGCACAAUGCUAAUCCAACUUCUUGAUCUCGAAGAACACCUCAGCAACGACAAGUUAGUGUCUUCAUCUUUCCUUCGCCUUCGAUGUCUGCGAUAACAAAAUCUGCUACUUUGUUCUCGUUUGUCACAUCUCCAACAGACUAUCAGUGUCUAUCAUGCGUCGUAGAGUGACUCGAGUGCUUCCGUUCUUGCUGAGCAAUUCAACUUUGUGGCCUGUUGUGUCAACGCUAAUGUAGCCAAUGACAGUUGAUGGAUCUUUCUUCUUCUUCUUCUUCUUCCCUUGAAAAGAAAAUUACAUAGAAGGUUUAGUUGGGCCUUGACUGGCAAGGCUAGCUGGGCAACGGCCCAUUUAUGAUUACCGGGCUGCUGCAACAGCCCAAGGUCUCCUCCACUGGUGUUUUAGAUCAGUGGUAAUGCUCAACGCUCUUAACAUCUUCGAUUUCGUGAUAGAUAUCUAAUGAAAUUAGAAAAGUGGAAUAUGUCAAUUACUCAUUCUUAAACCAGGAUUAUUAAAGACCAAAAAAUUGGCAAAAA